AAUUGGUGUAAAACGAGUCUUUUUAUUGUAGUUGAAUUGUUUACAUAUUAAAUAAGUUUAACAAACUUUUAAUUUUCAUAAAUGGAAACAACUGAUCAGUUAAUUUUAGCCACUGGUGGCUAUGAUCACACAAUUAAAUUAUGGCAAGCGCAUACUGGAAAUUGUGUGCGUACCAUGCGAUUUGUGGAAACUUCACAAGUAAAUGCAUUGGAUCGUUCGCCGGACAAAACAAAACUAGCAGCGACAGGUUAUCAGUGUAUACGUCUUUAUGACUUGGAAUCAAAUUGCACAGUACCAGUUAUUAAUUUUGAAGGUGUACAAAAAAAUGUAACACGUUUGGGUUUUCAAGAAAAUGGUAAAUGGAUUUUUACAGCCAGUGAAGACUACAGAGUACGCAUUUGGGAUAUGCUUUCGGCGGCACCACAUUGCACACGUAUGUUUGAUUGUCAGGCACCAGUGAAUGCUGCUUGUUUACAUCCAAAUCAAGUUGAAAUAGCGAUGGGCUCACAAAAUGGUGGCGUAUAUCUAUGGGAUGUGAAAUCUGAAGCACAUAAACAGUUGAUACCAGAAGUUGACGCCGCUGUGCAAGAUGUCGCAAUAUCACCAGAUGGUAAUUGGAUGGCAGCAGUAAAUAAUAAAGGAAAUUGUUAUAUAUGGAGCUUGGUAUCAUCACCAAAUCAGCAAUUAAGCACUAUACAACCAAAAUUAAAAAUUCCAGCACAUAAACGUUAUGUGUUACGUUGCAAAUUUAGUCCGGAUUCACGUUUGCUUGUAACCACAUCUGGCGAUGGCACCGCACAUAUAUGGAAAACUGAUGAUUUUUCGUUAUGGCAAGAGUUAGUUAUCGAAAACUAUUGGGUCUGGGAUGCCGCUUUCAGUGCUGAUUCCAAAUAUCUAUUCACUGCCUCUUCAGAUGGUAUUGCACGCUUGUGGCGACUACAAAAGAAAAAUCUCGAACGAAAAUACACUGGUCACACUAAAGCCAUAACAGCUUUGUCGUUUCGAGAUGAAAUCGUAUCGGAAUAGGUAGUGUAGAAAUAAGCUAAAGUAACCUGGUCAAACUAAAGCC